CAGAAGAAGAAGAAGAAGAGAGGAAAGGAGGCAGAAAGCUUCUACUUCCCCAGGGUUCUGAAGCAGGUUCACGAGGGCCUGAGCCUCUCGAAGAAGGCCGUGAGCGUCUUGGAUUCGUUCGUCAAGGACAUCUUCGAGCGCAUCGCCGACGAGGCCUCUCGCCUGGCCCGCUCCACCCAGCGCUCCACCAUCACCUCCAGGGAGAUCCAGACAGCCGUGCACCUGCUGCUGCCCGGGGAGAUUGGCAAGCACACCGCGUCCGAGGCCACCAAAGCCAUCCUCAGGUACACCUUCUGCCAGUGA